AUUCAGAGCACAACCGACAAGCUCCAAGAAACAAUGACCUCAUUCUGUUGAAUAAAUCCAUUUAUCGUUAAAGAUAUCAAGUGCUACAGUACGGUGCUUCUUCUCUUUGCCACGUAGAGAUAAAUUCUCCCUGCGUGGAACCCUUCAAAGCAAAGAUUCUAAUGGUCUGAUCCACCGGCUGGGCUGAAGCCUCGCUCUCACCCCCAAAACUGAAACGGAACCAGCCCAAGGGGAAAGAGGAGGGCCGGGAAGGACAUCUAAGGAAAGCGCAUGCGCCACGGCGCACUUCUCGGGGAGGGAGCCGAGGCGGCCGCUGACGGCUUGCUUGAAGGUCAUUGCUUAGAAUGCAACUGCGUCUGAACAACCAUGAAGUGGCUGGGUGUAAUUAUGAACCCCAAAUUAAGAUACUCUGUUUUGGUAAAUAUAUCAAUGAUUCAAAAUUGGAUGAAAAUUGUUCCAUGUCCUUAUGUCAUUAUAAAUAGAAUGAUGUCAAAUCAUAAGCCUAAAAAGAACAUCGCAGAAUAUUACAACAUACUUAACCUUGAUGAAGGCUGUUCUACUCUUGAAGUAAGAGAAUCUUUUCAUCAGCUUGCCAAGCAGUUUCAUCCAGAUUGUGGAUCCCGUACAGCUGAUUCUGCAACAUUUAUACAGAUAGAAGAAGCCUAUAGGAUAGUACUUAACCAUGUAACGGAGAAAAAAAAGGAAGAAAAUAAAGUUGAGGAAGAGGAGGAAGAAGAUAUGCUCAAAUAUAAAACACCACAACAUAGGCAUUAUUUAAGUUAUGAAGGUUUUGGUUUAGGGACUCCAAGUCAACGAGAAAAACAGUAUAGACAAUUUAGAGCAGAUCGUGCUAGUGAAAAAGUACUGGAAUAUCAAAAGCGGAAACUGGAAAACCACUAUUAUGCUAAUAAUGUGACUGUUAAAAAUGUAAGACAAAGUAAGAAUCAAAAAAUAACUCAAGCAAUUGACCGCUUAGUAGAAGAUCUCAUUCAGGAGUCAAUGGCUAAAGGAGACUUUGAUAAUCUCAGUGGUAAAGGAAAACCCCUGAAAAAGUUUUCCGGUUGCUCAUACAUUGAUCCUAUGACUCACAAUUUGAACAGAAUUCUGAUAGAAAAUGGAUACCAACCAGAAUGGAUUUUAAUGCAAAAAGAAAUAAAAGAUACAAUUGAGCAACUCAGAAAAGACAUUCUAUUUUCAAGGAAUAAACUUGGGCAUCCAAUGACAUCCAGUGAGCUAAAGCAGUGGAGCCAAGAUUGUGAAAAGUUUCAAGAAAAUAUUAAAAAAUUAAACAAGCGAGUUAAUUAUUUUAAUUUGAUUGUUCCUAUUCUGAAUAGGCAAAAAGUUCAUUUUGAUGCAGAGAAAGAAAUCGCCAGAGUCCUAAAGAAUUAUGAUAACCUAAUAGCAGAGAAGGUGGAUGAUAAAAGCACAAUUAACAUUGAAUCAAAAAAUGUUAAAACAGCUGGAUUCAAGACAGGGUUUUUUAAAUGGCUAAAUCUAUGGAAAGGAGUUAAAAUAUAAGGAUUUCAAGAUUUAGUGCCAUUAUAUUUCAAAAUCUUUUUUUUUUUUAAAAAGAUAUGCUGAUUUCAAACAUGAGAUAUAUACUAUCACAUUUGCAAGAAUUUAUGUCUGCCCAUCUCUCUGUUUUCUUUUCUCGGUGACUCUGGAACUUAUCAAAUGAAUGAAUUUCCAACUAGUUUUUAGCAUGCAUGUGCACAUCAAUUGUAUGUCAAAAAAAACCUCAACAAUCCAAAAAGUACAAACCCCAAGGAUACUCAUUUUGAGGGGAGAAGAAACCACAUUCAACAAACUUUGCACUUAAGAUUAGUCAUCAAGUGAAUGAACUGGGAUAAGAAUAUGGGAGUAGUAAAUUCAGGGUAUGAGGUCAAUAAAGAUUGCUUCUACUAUUAAACUUUUUUUGCCUUAAGGCUGUGUCUAUUCACCCUAUAUGAACAAAUCAUUGUUUAACCAGAAUAUUUUUUCAUCUCAAUGAUUAAUGCAUCUCAUUACUUGAUCAUUUUGACUGCAGUUAUUACUAGAGCUACUCAGAAUAAAAGGAACAGCCACUUCAGGUCCUGACUCAUUUACAGUGUGUAUACAUAAAGUAUAGUAUUAGCAAUGAUGGAUUUAUGAAUGUGUCCCUACUUUGACAGAUAAAGCAACAUUAUCAAUGAAAGAGAACGUUAAUGGAGAUAGCUUUGGAUUUCUUUAGUUGAGAAAUUGUUUAGCCUUAGCAAAAUUAACCUUUAGCAACUGAGCAAAAUUGAGUUUCCCCGAAUUCCUCUUUUACGAUACCUAUGUCUUUCAGUUAAUAGUCCCUCUAAAACAGGAGUGGGGAACAUUUUUUUUUUUUUGCCAAGGGCCAGUCGGAUAUGUACAACAUCAUUCAUAGGACAGAUAAAUCAUUAACUUAAAAACUCAAGCAGUGGAAGAUUGUUCUAGCUUUCAGCUCCUCAUCAUCCAUAGUUACCUUGGCAGGGCCAGAGCAAAUGAUUUUGCAGGCCCUUUUUGGCCUAUGGGCCAGAUAUUCCCCACCCCUGAUCUAAAAGGAUAGAAUAGAAAUAUUAAAACCCAAAUAGAAAAGUGGGAUAUUAACAUUUCUAAUCACUGUGAUUAUUAAGAACAGCAUUUGUGUAUCUGUGUGUGUGAGAAAGACAGGCAGAGACUCAGAGGAAAGAAAUAGAUGAAAGAGACAUUUAUACUGAGGCUUAUAAGGUCAUUAAUUAAAAAUGAUUAUGAAAUUUAUAUUGGUAAUAAAACCUAGUGAUUCACCUCAUUUUCCAGAUAUAAACAUCUCCCUAAUGAUACUUUUUAUACUGCUGCUUUCUAUCCUAUUCUUGCCUACCAUUUUCUUUUAAGUGAUCUGCAAAUAUUAGCAGAUAAGAAAUAAGCCAAGACCUGAAUUUUCAAAAUUAGAAAAUUGGACUCAUUGGUUACAGAUAAAAGUUUAAGCAAACCCUUGAUUUAAACAUAGUAUAAUUUGCAGAAAUUAUAAUAGUAAAAUUAAUGAAUCAAUUAGACUAUAAAUGUAGAUAUAUUCAGAGAGCAAAAGAACCUCUCUGGUACAUUGGGUAGUUCGGCUGUUGUGAGUUGUGAGAAGAUGGGCAAGAAUUACACAGGAUGAUGUGUGUAUGGGUUUUGAUCUACACUGAUAGAGAAAGAAUGCCUGUUCCAAUGAGAUCAUGUAUUUGUUGAUGGCAAUUAUAAUAUAAGCAAAUAUAUUAUUUAUACUUAUUCUGUAUUAGCACUUAGUAUUCUCUAUUAGCCUUGAAUGCAUGGUAUUUUUAUUUUUUGUUAAAAACAUGCCACAACACAAAUCAAUCUUAUAGAAUAAAAGAGUUCUCAAACUUCA